AAAAAAUUGAAAAUUGAAAAAGGGAGAGAAAGACAGAUCUGUAUUGGUGUUGCUUUGGGGUUGAAUAUCCAAAGGAGGAAAUUUUUUUGAUAUUUUCUUUCUUUCUGUUUUUUUUUUUUUAAUUUUAUUUGUUUUUGGUUUUGGGGGGUUUCGCUGAAAACCCUAAACACCCACCACAAGCCAGAGGGAAGAAGAAGAAGAAGAUCAAAGAAGAACGGAAAUGGAUUUGGAGCAGUGGAUCUCUAAGGUCAAGGAAGGCCAGCAUCUUCUUGAGGAUGAGCUUCAACUUCUCUGCGAAUAUGUAAAAGAGAUUCUUAUUGAGGAGUCCAAUGUACAACCUGUAAACAGUCCAGUCACUGUUUGUGGUGAUAUCCAUGGCCAGUUUCACGAUCUAAUGAAACUUUUUCAGACUGGAGGUCAUGUGCCAGAGACAAAUUAUAUAUUUAUGGGAGAUUUUGUUGAUCGAGGUUACAAUAGUCUUGAAGUAUUCACAAUCCUCUUGCUUCUUAAAGCUAGAUAUCCUGCUAACAUUACACUUUUGCGUGGAAAUCAUGAAAGCAGACAGCUGACUCAGGUAUAUGGUUUUUACGAUGAGUGCCAGAGGAAGUACGGAAAUGCUAAUGCAUGGCGGUACUGUACAGAUGUUUUUGACUAUCUGACGCUUUCAGCAAUUAUAGAUGGAACUGUGCUUUGUGUCCAUGGUGGUCUUUCUCCUGACAUCCGAACCAUUGAUCAGAUAAGGGUCAUUGAUCGAAAUUGUGAAAUUCCACAUGAAGGGCCAUUUUGUGACCUCAUGUGGAGUGACCCUGAAGAUAUUGAAACAUGGGCAGUCAGUCCACGUGGGGCAGGUUGGCUUUUUGGGUCCAGAGUCACUUCUGAGUUUAACCACAUAAAUAAUCUUGAUCUGGUUUGUCGAGCACACCAACUUGUACAAGAAGGCCUCAAGUACAUGUUUCAAGACAAAGGCCUCGUAACUGUCUGGUCUGCACCAAAUUACUGUUAUCGUUGUGGGAAUGUCGCUUCUAUAUUGAGCUUCAAUGAGAAUAUGGAGAGAGAGGUGAAGUUUUUCACGGAAACAGAAGAGAACAACCAGAUGAGAGGGCCGCGGACAGGAGUCCCAUAUUUCUUAUAAUCAUUUGGAGUCACUGCUUGCAUUAAUUGUAUAAUUAUUGGACCAUUGACAUAGGUGUUGAAAGUACUGUAUGGAAGAAAAAAUUGAAUACGUCAGCUAUAUGCAGGUGGAUCUUUCUUAUACUUGGCUGGAGGAGAUUUUCCAUCCUGUCUAGGUUGCUCUUAAAGUUGUGGGUUUUUGUAUUAGUUGCCAAUUGUUAUUUCAUUAUUAAUCCAUGUUUCAUUCGAUUA